AUGCAGUCUCGACUUUCUCAUCUUCGCCGUGUCGCUACUCAGCUUUCACAUCACCGCCAUGCCACCACUCUUUCGGUUCCCACCACAAUGGCCCACGAUCCGGCCCGCAACUUCUUCCCCCUUUCUUCUCCCGCAAGCAAGGACACACCCGUUCUUCUGUUGAAGGGAGACACCGAUACCAUUGGCCGAGAGGUCACAGAGUCACUCGCCGAAAUUUUCAAAGCCGCCAAUGUACCAGUCUCCUUUGUCUCCCCGAAGGUUGACCCCAGGGUCGAUGGCGGACUUACUCAAGAAGUCAUCGAUCUCUUCGCGGAAACAAGAGUUGCUGUGAAAGGGCCGUAUUUCACACCGCUCGGCACAAAAGAAACAAGUAUUAAUAUUCAGCUGCGAAAGUCUUUUGACCUUUUUGCAAAUGUCGUCCAUGCGUACAACAUUCCCGGAAUUCAAACCAGGCACAAGGAUAUUGAUGUCGUCAUGAUUCGCGAGAAUACUGAAGGCGAGUACUCGGGUCUAGAGCACAGCGCUGUGCCUGGUGUCGUUGAGAGUUUGAAAAUCAUCACCGAGGAGAAGAGUACUCGUAUCGCAGAGUAUGCCUUCCAAUAUGCCCUUGCCAACAAUAGAAAGAAGGUCACCGUAGUUCACAAGGCAAAUAUAAUGAAGAGUGCAGACGGCCUGUUCCUUGAGUGCUGCACAAACGUUGCCAGCAAGUAUCCUUUUAUUGAGUUUGAAUCCAUGAUUGUGGACAACACGUGCAUGCAGAUGGCUUCGAACCCGCAGCAAUUUGAUGUCAUGAUUUUGCCAAAUCUGUACGGCAACAUUGUCACAAACAUCGCCACUGGUCUCGUCGGUGGACCGGGGCUCUUCCCAGGCGCCAACAUAGGCAUUAGCGGAGCCAUAUUUGAGCAGGGAACUAGACAUUCGGCUCGCUCCCUUGCUGGCCGACAAAUCGCGAAUCCCACGGCCACCAUCAUGGGCGGAGUGCUGAUGCUCAGGUAUCUCAAGUUAGAGGAGCGCGCGGAAGCGAUUGAGAAGGCCGUCAUGAGCGUGUUCGCAGAAACAGAUAUUCGAACUCGCGACGUGGCCGCGGAAGGAGCUGCAGCUGCGUCAACAUCCGAGUUUACUGAUGCCGUUGUUGCUGCUCUCAAGAGUUCUUCGUAGAAUGCUGGGUACAUGACGACCUUUUUUGGAUUCGCAAGUUUUGGAGGCCUUUGCCUCACAUGUCAAGGCGACAUCAAGCUCUGUUAUUAAGAGGAUUUAAGGAUUACUGUUACACUUUACAACGUUGCACCCUCGUCUAACAUGAAUUAAAUCAGAUACUCUGUACCCGU